GUCUCAAAUACAGCUACUCAGGAAAUAGUAGACCACUUGAAUCAGAUAUUUUCCUUAUCUGAGCCGUUGAUCAAAGAGGCAGUUAGUGAUGUACUGCAAAGAAAUGGUCACAGUAUUGCAGAACCUACACUGAGUGAAGUUGUUGCCGCUGUCAUGGACUGCAAUGUCCUGUCUACAUCAACCUGUAAAGGUGCAGAGUUGAGUUCAUACAAACGCAGAAAAACGUUUAUUGAGCGCAACUAUCCUUGUGUAAUGCCAGUGGAGUACCAAUUGGAGGAACCUGGACAUACCAGCAUGUACGUUCCUAUUCUUUCAAUGAUUCAAGAGUUGUUUAAAAACACAGACAUUCUUAGUAAGAUUACUGAAACAAAUACUGCAUCUGAUCAAUAUGUAUCAUGCUCCAAUGGCUCUCAUUUCCUUGAAAAUGAGUUGCUGUCAACAGGGGAUCUCAACCUUCCACUCCAGCUAUAUACUGAUGACCUUGAAAUUUGCAAUCCGCUUGGCACAUCACGCAAAAUUCACAAAUUUUGCGCUGUAUAUUGGGUCCUCGCUAAUGUGCCACCAAAAUACAGAUCAGCAUUACAUACUAUACAGCUAGCACUACUGGUAAAAGUGACAGAUGUCCGUAAGUAUGGAUAUGCAGCUGUACUUGCUCCAUUGCUGCAUGAUAUUCAUACUCUGGAAAAAGAUGGUGUCUUCAUCGAAAGAGUGGGUCAGAAUGUCAAAGGCACAGUCUUUUGUGUUUCUUCAGACAAUUUGGCUGCUCAUGGAUUAGGGGGCUUUGUAGAGUCAUUUAGAACAGGCCAUGUUUGCAGAUUCUGUGUGGGCUCCGUUAAACAGUUUCAAGUAGCUGAAGUCAGAGAGGGAAAGUUUCCUCAGAGAACCAAAGCUAGCCAUGACCUACAUGUUCAAACUGUGCAAGAAAGUGACACUUUGAGAAGCCACUUUGGUGUUAAAGGUGGCUGUGCCUUGCAGGAAUCCCUGAGUUACUUCCAUACAAUCACAGGGUUUCCUCCUGAUAUACUACAUGAUCUUCUGGAAGGUAUCGUUCCCAUGGAGCUUUCUCUUUGUAUUAAAGAGAUGAUCCGGCUGAAGUACUUCACUUUGGAGUACUUGAACAACAAGAUUACGUCAUUCCCAUAUCAGCACACUGAUAAAGUGGAUAGACCUCAGCCACUUCCCAAAACGUUUCUUUCUCGAGGAACGAUUGGAGGUAAUGGUCAUGAAAAUGCCACUCUGCUCCGACUUUUUCCAUUGCUUGUUAGCAGUGUAGUACCAGAAGGUGAUAAGGCAUGGGCUGUUUUGAUGGAGCUGAAAGAGGUGGUAGAGUUAGCAUUGUGCCCAUCAUUUACAGAUGAGACCUUAGACUAUUUUGAGUGCAAAAUCAGUGAUCAUAGACAGGCACUUCUUGAGGUUUUCCCUGAGGUUAGGCUCCGUCCUAAACACCAUUUUGUGGAGCACUAUCCUGCUCUAGUCAAGUGCUUUGGGCCCCUGCUGCACGUUUGGACCAUGCGUUUUGAGGCCAAGCACCGCUUUUUCAAAAGAGUGGUGCAUGACGCUCAAAACUUCAAAAAUAUUUUGAAGACCAUGGCAAUCCGACACCAACACAUGAUGGCAUAUCAUCUUGCUGCACCAUCAUUUUUCAGGCCAAAAACUCAGGCAUCCAGCAUUGAAUCUGUUCUGGUUUCAGCUCUACCAGAGGUUGCUCAAGUGCACAUUAGAGAACAAACAACUAGUGAUACAAUCUACAAGACAUCAAAUGUGACUGUUGAUGGCACAGACUAUGUCUGUGGAAUGUUUCUGUCUGUAGGAGUCAGCGGUGGACUGUCAACAUUUUGCAAAAUAGAACAGAUCUUCCUUGUAAAUCACAAUGUAUCUUUUCUCUGUUGUGAUUAUGACUCCUGGUAUGUAGAACAUCUACGGUCCUAUGAGCUGACAACUGCAAACACAAGCCUGUCGAUCCACCUGCAGUCUGGUCUGAAUGAUACAGUCCCUCUUCCAGCAUACAAGAUAGGCGGCUCGCUACUGCUAACCCUGAAGCGGUUCAUUCAAGUGAGACAGAACUAAGCACAAUGGCAGCUGCAUCCCCUGAACCAAUGAUUCUACGUGUUGUUCAGCCAGACCAGGCUAGAAAAUUAAAACUCAGCUCACGACCAGCCUCUGUUGAUGCACUGAUCAAUAUUCUAAAAGAACAGCUGGACAUUGACCUUGACUUUGUUUUACUUUAUGAAGAUCCAGACUUCGAUGGAAAACUUACAUCCCUGAACGACAUUGAGGAAUUGCCACAAAAAGCAGUUGUGCACAUUUCACUUUCACAAGACUCCAGCUCCAGCUCUCUGCUUUCAGAUGUGUCCUCUCCAGAGCGUCUC